UGCUGCGUUAUACUUUUUUUAUAUCCUAUGUAUAAUACAUCUAUAAAAUGACCUACUUGCUUCAAAGACACCGAAAACAUAUAAAUAACAUCGUAUUUCUACAUAGCAUCAUCACAUCUAUUUGUAUUACAUCCAAGAUUCAGACUGUGUUUUUUUCGGAUUACAAGUAAUUCAAAGCAGAAAUGAAGCUAAUAAUUGUGCUAGUAAUGAUGUUGGUUUGUGUGUACAGCAUGAGUAUUGAAAAGAAUAUACCUAAGAGUCACGAUGUACCACCCAAAAGACAAGUUGCAGAAACUAAAGUUGAAAAAAAGAAACGUAGCGAUGAUGGUGAUGAGGAAAUAUGCGAUGACGAUGAUGAAGAUUGCGAAGACGUAGUAGAUAUAGAAGAAUGCAAUGAAGAUGAUGAUGAUUGUGAAGAGGAAAAAAAGAAAAAGAAAAGGGAAACUAAAUCUAAAUUAAAGAAACGUAACGAUGACGAAGAAGAGGAAGAAUGCGAAGAAGAUGACGAAGAUUGCGAAGUUGAAGUAGAUAUAGAAGAAUGCAAUGAAGAUGAUGAUGAUUGCGAAAAUGGAGGAGAAACAGAAGAAUGCGAUGAAGAAGACGAUGAUUGCUAUGAUGAAGAUAAGAAGAAAAAAAGGGAAACUAAAUCUAAAUUAAAGAAACGUAACGAUGACGAAGAAGAGGAAGAAUGCGAAGAAGAUGACGAAGAUUGCGAAGUUGAAGUAGAUAUAGAAGAAUGCAAUGAAGAUGAUGAUGAUUGCGAAAAUGGAGGAGAAACAGAAGAAUGCGAUGAAGAAGACGAUGAUUGCUAUGAUGAAGAUAAGAAGAAAAAAAAGGAAAACAAACUGAAAAAAGAAAGUAAGAAGAAAAAUUCAAAAAAAACAGUGUCAAAGAAUGCAAAGAAAAGUUCUAAAAGAUCAACGAAUACAAAAAAGACCAGCCAAAAAAAGCAACAAAAUAAAAGAGGCGCAAUUCAAAAAAACCUUAAAGCUAAAAGAAGCAAACUUUAAAAAAAAAUUCAACCUGAAUUUUUAAUUAAUGUAUUUUUGUAAAAGUUACGGCGUUUUUUAAUAUUAUGUUUAUUUUUUGAUUGCGUUUUUUGUAGCUCUACUUUUUAAAGCCAAGGUAGAGUUUUCAGUAUAACACAAUAUUUAAAUUA